GGAGCUGAGGUCGCCGUUGUUGUCCUACAGGGAAGGCAGGUGAGACUCCCUUCCUUCCAAAUGGGCUCGUCCUUUUACCGAGUUCUCCUAUUGGUUGGUUUCUGUGCUCCAAUGUUCUGCGUGUCGUCAUCCAAUCCCUACAACCGUGAGUCCCCUCACCCUCCCUCCAUGAAGAGCAACCCAGCCUCCCAGGUGUCUCCUAGCAACACCAAGUUCGCCUUCCUCCUGUACCAGAGGCUGGCUCAGGAAAGCCCAGGUCAGAAUAUCCUCUUUUCUCCUGUGAGUAUCUCCACUUCUCUGGCCAUGCUGUCCCUGGGGGGCCGCUCGGCCACCAAGACGCAGAUCCUCCGGAGUCUUGGCUUCAACCUCACAAUCAUGCGGGAGCCCACUAUCCACCUGGGCUUCGAGCAUCUGGUCCGCUCGCUGAACGAGUGCCACAGAGGCCGGGACUUGAGGAUGGGCAGUGUCCUCUUCAUCAGGAAGGAGCUGCAGCUGCAGGCCAAGUUUCUGGACAGGGUCAAGAAGCUUUAUGGGACAAAAGUAUUUUCUGAAGACUUCUCAAAUGCUGUCGCUGCCCAGGCCCAGAUCAACAGUUACGUGGAGAGGGAGACCAAAGGGAAGGUGGUGGAUGUUAUCCAAGAUCUUGACUCUCAGACAGCCAUGGUCCUGGUCAACCACAUCUUCUUUAAAGCCAACUGGACCCAGCCCUUUAGUGUUGCAAACACAAACAAGAGCUUCCCAUUCCUUCUGAGCAAGGGCACCACCGUGCACGUUCCCAUGAUGCACCAGACUGAGUUGUUUGCUUUUGGAGUGGACAGAGAGCUGGGCUGCUCCGUUCUGCAGAUGGACUACAGAGGAGAUGCCGUGGCCUUCUUUGUCCUCCCUGGCAAGGGCAAGAUGCGGCAGCUGGAGAAGAGUCUGUCCGCCGGGAGACUGAGAAAGUGGAGCCGCUCACUCCAGAAAAGAUGGAUCAAGGUGCUCAUCCCAAAAUUUUCCAUCUCUGCGUCCUACAACCUGGAAACCAUCCUCCCCGAGAUGGGAAUCCGGGACGCCUUUAAUUCAAACGCUGACUUCUCCGGAAUUACAAAGACCCAUUUCCUGCAGGUUUCUAAGGCUGCUCACAAGGCUGUGCUGGAUGUCAGCGAGGAGGGGACAGAAGCCGCGGCAACCACCACCACCAAACUUAUAGUCCGCUCAAGGGACACUCCGUCUUCCAUCAUCGCCUUCAACGAGCCCUUCCUCAUUCUACUUCUAGAUAAAAUCACAGAAUCCAUUCUCUUUCUAGGGAAAGUUGAAAACCCCAGGAAGAUGUAGGUUGGAGGUGAACCGUUAGCUGGUCUCACACUGAUAAUGCUCAUGAAAUAGGUGUGUGUUGGAAGACACUUGCAGGGUGAUACCAAGACGCUUCCAUGCUUGAGGCCAGCUUAACUCCAACAGGAGCAUAUUGGUUUCAGGGAUAGCACACUGGGGCCCAAUCAUAGAAGAGACAACAGGGUCACCCUGCCAGUGGCCCCUCCCACCUGUUUUCCUACAAACCUUUCUCCUGGAAUGUGGCAGAGCAGGCAGGGCUCCAUUCCUCCUGGAGCUCUUGGAAAGGAUGACACACAGGACCCAGUACCCUUGCUUUUAUGGCUGGCUUCCAGCACUGCAUUCAAUAAACCUGAAAUGUG